AACACAUUUCCAUCACAUUUAACCGAAAACUGAAAUUACUUUACUAACCCUAACCCUAUUUAAAAAGUCUCAUGACUCACAUGAUACCAUCAGCUUAAUAAGAAUUGCAUAAACUAUAUUAAAGGUUAAUAUGUGAAAACAGUUUUGUUUAAUAUACUUGAUUCAUGAAUAGAAUAUUCCCCAUAGAAAAGAUAGAUAGAUGCACAAUAUAUACAAUGAAAUAGAAUAAUAUUAAAUUAACUAAACAGAAGUGCAAAGAUUUAACCAAACAACAGAGUAACUGUGUUAUAGUUUUGUUUUCUACUUUGUAACCAUAAUUAAACGCUUUCUAAAGAUCAAUUUAUCUGUUUUACAAGAGAACUAAAGGGGACCGUGAGGGAUUUUACACGUUAGUAAUACAUCCAUGCUAAAGACAGACAGGCACCUCCUCUUCCGGGUUUUCGUCCAAUCACUGCACUCUACUUGGCCGGAAGUUUGGAACGAAUUGUACGCGGGAAAUUACUAAGCGCUUCAGCUGGUCAACAGUGGAGGUCAGUGUUGGAUAUUAAAGAUGAAGGUGGUAACGUGUGAGAUCGCAUGGCACAACAAGGAGCCGGUCUACAGUCUGGACUUCCAGCACGGCUCAGAUGGACGCAUUCAUCGGCUGGCCACAGCUGGAGUGGACACUACAGUCAGACUGUGGCGGGUGGACAGCGGCCCCGAUGGGAAGGCGGUGGUGGAGGUUCUGUCUAAUCUGGCUCGACACACCAAGGCUGUCAACGUAGUGCGCUUUAGCCCCAACGGAGAGCUGCUGGCCUCAGGAGGAGACGAUGCAGCAAUUCUGCUGUGGAAGCUUAACGACUCAAAGGAGCCUGAGCCGGCCCCCAUGUUCCAGGAGGAAGAAGAUGCUCAGCUGAACAAGGAGAGCUGGUCUGUGGUCAAGACUUUAAGGGGACACAUAGAGGACGUGUAUGACGUCUGCUGGACCCGGGAUGGAAACAUGAUGGUGUCUGGCUCUGUUGAUAACACGGCUAUUAUGUGGGACAUCAACAAAGGACAGAAGCUGUGCAUCCUGAAUGACCACAAGAGCUACGUGCAGGGGGUGACCUGGGAUCCUCUGGGGCAAUACGUAGCCACUCUCAGCUGUGACAGAGUGAUGCGUGUGUUCAACACUCACACCAAAAAGAAAGCCUUCUGUAUCAGUAAAAUGAGCCCUGGGCCACUCUCAGAGGGAGAGGUCAAGCCGUACAGAAUGUUCCACGAUGACAGCAUGAGGUCAUUUUUCCGACGGCUUUCCUUCACACCUGAUGGGUCUUUCUUGUUAGCCCCAGCUGGAUGUGUGGAGCUUGGAGAGAACAUCAUAAAUACCACCUACAUCUUUUCCAGAAAGAGCCUCAAGAGGCCUAUUGCCCACUUGCCGUGCCCGACUAAAGCUACGCUGGCUGUGCGCUGCUGCCCCGUCUACUUUGAACUGAGGACCAAGUCGGACGAAGACGGUUCGGUUCAGGUUCUUCCCAACGUAUUCCAGCUGCCGUACCGCAUGGUGUUUGCUGUGGCAUCCGAGGACUCCAUCUUCUUGUAUGACACGCAGCAGACCAUUCCGUUCGGCCUGGUGUCCAACAUCCACUACCACACACUCAGUGAUCUUACAUGGUCCCGAGACGGUUCCUUCCUGGCAGUGUCCUCCACAGACGGCUACUGCUCCUUCCUGUCCUUCUCUCCCGGGGAGUUGGGCACUCCCCUGAAGGAGCCCCCCACCCUGGAGGUCUUUGUCCCAAGCACUGGUGUUGAGAAAAGGGGCAAGAAGUCCUCAGCGGCCAGGACCUCGUCUCCUUUGACCCAAACGCCAAGCUCAGCACAGACUCCCACAUCCCAAACCGGCCUCAGCAAAGAUGUCCCCUCUGUCACCCCCCCAGAGGAGAAGAGGAGCACCCCGAGUGCCAAGUCUAAACCUCAGCCCCGUAGGAUCACCCUGAACACCCUGGAGGGCUGGGGGAAGCCCUCCGCCGCUAAAACCACCGCUCCUCCUUCAGCACCUCAGACCCCAACGUCUGCAAGCAGCAGUGCUCCCUCUACUCCCCAACCCUGUGUCACCCCUCUCACCCCCACUACCUCCUCCACAACACAACCCCGCAUCGCCCCUCUCACCCCCACUACCUCCUCCACAACACAACCCCGCAUCGCCCCUCUCACCCCCACUAACUCCUCCACAACACAGCCACGCAUCGCCCCCCUCACUCCCUCCACCCCGAAAGCCCUCAAGAGUGGUAAUAGUGCUGGCUCCACCACUCCCAAGGGUGCAACCACCCCAAAGGGGCCGACCCCACGGAGAGUAUCUCUGACUCCCAUUGCAUCCCGAUCUCCAGCUAUUAGCUCACUCUUCCGCACUCCCUCCUCCACGGAGAAGGCCAAACAUGAACGUCCUUCCCCUCCCUCUGAUCCAGUGUGCCAGCCUCCAGAGUCCAAACGGCCGAAGACCAGUGAGCCCCCCGUGAAGACUAGUGUCUCAUAGGAACAUUGUGGUGCUGUGAUAUCGGCCCAUACAGCAAGGGGGUGACCGUUACAGAAGCGACAAAACCACUGCGGCUCCUCGUGGAUGCGACGCCAUCGUGCAACAGCAUUGCGUGUGUGUGUGGAUACGAUCUGUCGGUGAAGCUUUAACCCCACGUAAUGUUGUCGUUAUACAACAAACCGCAUUGCAGUACGUGUCCUUGAAUUAAUGCUUAUUUUAGUCUUUGGUGUGUUUUUGUAUCAUACAGUAAACAGGUAAUUGUACUGUAUUUGAUUUACAUUUAGAUGCUUAUGUGUGGUUGCACCAGAGGGAAGGUUUUUCUCAUUCUUUUUCAGAAAAAUGUGAUUGUGAAACUAAAACAGCUCGAAACCUGAAGAAUAAAAAACACAAGCGCUUCCAGGUUUAGUGCCUCGUGAAAGCUUUGAAUACACAACCUGCGUCUUAAUUUGAUGCAGACCGUGGUUCAGCAACUUGAGUGUAAAGUUAAACAUUGUCUUUUUGUCAUAUUGUCCAAUAAAGGAUGU